CCCACUCAACUGAAUCCGAAAGAGGAAGCUAACAGAAUGCAUGUUUAUUCUAUUGUAGCCUGUCCCACAGGAAAGUGGGGCGCAUCGUGCAUCGAGUCGUGCGAGUGUGUAAAUGGCGUCGAGUGUGACCGUCAGACCGGACAGUGCAUCUGCUUUCCGGGCUUCACAGGACACGGCUGCACAGAGCGUAAGUUGAUGCACUUCCCUCGUGGCAAUGGGCUUCAAUAA